AUGGCAUCAUCUUCAUCGUUAUCAUCAAAACGUAGAAAUUUUUUUAAUUGUUCUCAAAGUCGUACAGUAAUUAAUGACGAUCAUGAGAACCUUCUACAUCGUGCAAUACCGAAACAUAAUUUAGUAUGUUGGUUACGUGAUCGAGAACUUGGUUAUAUAAAAUCAAGAAUAAAUCAUUUUAUUGCACGACGUACUAAUGUUUAUCGUGCUAUCCAUCCGUCUUAUUCUAUUUUAAUGUGCACAGUACCACAAGCUGUAUAUAUAAGAAGAUUUUCACCAAAUGGACAAUAUUUACUUGCUUUUUCACAUGAUCUUGAAUCUUUAAUUGUUUAUAAAUAUAAAGGUUUUGAACGUAUCUAUCCUCAUUUAAUUCAAUGUUCUCCAUCAACAAACUAUACGCGUUUGGAUGAAAAUGGUGAUAGUUCUCGACAACUUAUAUCUGAUGCAGUUAAUUGUGAAAAAUUACGUGAUCAAGCAUUCAAUAAAAUUUUUGAACAUCAUGUUACAAUACAAAUACGCUCAUCAUCUAUAGGUUAUUCAUUAAAUCGUAAUCAUAUAUAUUGUCUUUUUUCUUCUGAUCAAUAUGCUAUAAUAUGUGCAUCGAAAUUAGUCAAUGAACAACAACAUCCACCAUAUAAUCAAUUAGUACAAUCAAAUGAAGAUCUUAAUCCAUUAUCAAGAUUUUAUUUUGAACAUUUUCUUAUAUUUCUUAUUGAUUAUUCACGUGGUAUUAUAUGUCAACAACUUGAAUUUCAAUUUGAUCGUAUUGGUUUAACAAUAUAUAAAUCAACAUUAGCUAUAUUAUCGAUUCAACAUCAAAAAUUACAUUUAUAUCAUAUUGAUGAAAAAAAUGGUAAACUAGUUGAAUUAUUAACUGUAGGAAAAUUUGCUCAGACCAAAGAAGAGUUUUUAUAUAAAUAUAGUUUACCUAAACAUUUAUUAACAAUGUCACCACGUUUAUUAAAUAAAAAAAAUUUUAAAAGAAAUUCAUCAUCAAUGUUUGAUAAAUGGGAAGAUAAUGAAACCGGUGGUCAACAAAGAAAACGUAUUCGUGAUCAUUUCAGUGAACAUCAGAACAGUGAUUCUUCAUCAUCACGUUUAUUCUCACAUAAUGGUAGUUCAUUUGUUCGAGAAGAACUCCAUCGACCAUUUACUCCACCUCCAACUAGAAUACCAUUAAAUAGUACUGAAGAACAACAAACAAAUUUUAACUCUAUCGCCGAAACUAAUGAUUUACCUGCAAAUUUAGCUCAAUCGAUAUUUCAACGUGAAAAUCGACCUAUCAGACGAGGUUUUCUUACUUAUCCAACUGGUGCAUCAUCAUCAGAUUACGAUCAUGAUAUGUCAACCGUAGCUGAUGAUGAUGAGGAUGAUGAUGAUAAUGAUCAACCUAUGAAUCUAACACGCAUAGAAUAUUCAACAGAUCGAACGAUAAACGAUUCAAAUGAUGAUUAUUGGUCAUUAAUACAAAAUCAAAUCUUAUUACCAAUGAAUGAUAAACAAUUAUGUACAUUAAAACAACGUUUAUUAACAUAUCUAUAUCAACGUGCUAAACAAAGUAAUAAACAAUUACGUUUUAUUCAUUCAUUUAAUGAUUAUUUAGCAAGUAAAUUUUAUAAAGUACAAUUUUUAACAAAUAAUAUUAUUUUACUUAAAUUUGCACAUGAAACAAUAGUUAAUAAACGACAACAAGAACAACAAAUGCAUUAUGCUUUAUUUGUCGUUUAUGAUAUUCAAACAUCGACAAUUCUUAAUAUAUAUGAUGAUUCAUCUAUGGAAUUAGCUAAUAUAUUUGAAAAAUAUAAUGAUGAUUUUCGUUAUUCAUCAUCAUAUGGUUUAAUUAAUUAUAAAGAUUUAGAAUUUUUUCCUUUAUCAACAUAUGCUGGUCGUCGUCAAUUCGAACAUAUGUAUUAUAAUUCAGCAUCAACCGGUGAUUAUGAUUCAAUAAAACGUUUACUUAUGCAAUUACCAUUACGUACAAUAACACAUACAAUAUCACCAUAUCUCGAUUUAAAUUUAUAUUCAUAUGAUGAUAAAAUUGUUCAUAUUGAUGAUAUGAUAAAAACAUGUCCAAAUAAUCCAGUAAGAUUUUUUUCACGUGAUUGUCAAAGAAUGAAAUUUCAAUUAACAUUAACAAAUCGUUCAAUUAUUUUACCACAAUUUAUGACAACAGAUAAUUCAACAACAGCAACAACAACAACAACAACAACAACAACAAUUAUUACACCCACAAUAACAAAUCACAAUAACAAUCCAACAACAACAACAACAGCUAAUGCUGUAUUUAUUCCGAAUACUUUAUCUACUAAUCGUCGUACUACAUUAACUACACUUUGGCAUCCAAUAGAGCCAUUUUGUAUAACAAUACAACGUUGGCCAAGAGAUCUUGAUAAUAUACAUAAUUUUCAUUUAUAUCGACCACCAAAUUUACGAUAA